AUGUCUCACAAACCGAUUCCAUAUAGCCCCAACUUUCCACCCAGUCAAGGAUAUGCUUCGCCUGCAGAAAGUGGAAAACCGAGUGAAAGCUAUCCCAUGAAUUCUCAAGUUGGUUACCCAGGGCCACCCCCAUCCCUGCCACCUGGGGCUCAGCCACUACCUGGUAUGCAGCAUGGGUUUCAGCCUGGUUUUCAACCAGGUUUUGCACCAGGUUAUCAGCCUGGGUUUUCUCAGCCGCAACCUGGAUAUCCACAACCUCAACCUGGAUAUCCACAACCUCAACCUGGAUAUCCACAGCCUCAAUCAGGAUAUCCCCAACCUGGCUAUCCACCAGCACCAAUAGUACAACAGCCAGGUCCUGCGCAGGGUCCAGGUGGCUGGAUGACUAUUCCUCAAGGGCCAAGCAACUGUCCACGAGGAUUGGAAUACCUUUCUAUGAUUGAUCAACUACUCAUACACCAAAAAGUCGAACUCCUCGAAGCAUUUGUUGGAUUUGAAACUAAUAAUAAGUAUACAAUAAAAAAUGCAGUUGGACAAAAAGUCUAUUAUGCCGUUGAAGAUAAUGACUGUUGCACAAGGAACUGCUGUGGGCCAAUGAGGCCAUUCGACAUGAAGAUAAUGGAUAACUUUCAAAAUGAGGUUAUACAUCUCAACCGUCCACUAGCAUGUGAUUCAUGUUGGUGCCCGUGUUGGCUACAAAGCAUGGAAGUGUCAUCUCCACCGGGAACGGUCAUCGGGUCCAUUGAGCAGGAAUGGUCAAUCUUCAAACCGUGCUAUGUCAUCAAGAACGCAACAGGAGAUGUUGUGUUAAGAAUCAAAGGCCCAGUUUGCACAUUUUCCAUUUGCGGUGACGUAGAAUUUCACGUUUACUCAAAAGAUGGUGACACUAAGGUGGGCAAAAUUACCAAACAAUGGUCAGGUUUGGCCCGAGAAGCGUUUACGGACUCUGAUUAUUUUGGUAUCAGUUUCCCCAUGGAUUUAGAUGUCAGGAUAAAAGCUGUUUUAUUGGGAGCGUGCUUCUUGAUUGAUUUCAUGUUCUUCGAAAAAUCUGGAAACAACGAAUCCGAUCGGCCUGGAAUGCUGUAA